AACACCUAUCCACCCUCUCUAGUCUCUGCUACCUAUAAAUUUAAAAUUCAAGACAUUAUAAGAAGAAGCCAAAAGGUGACUCCCCUUGCAAUCAAACCAAGAAAACACUCCUUGAGAGAACCAUUUAUCCAAGAAAGAAGCUACAAAUCAGCACAAAUAACAACAACUUCAUAGUUUGUAACGUUCAGUCUUUCACAUUGUGCAUUAACUCGAUCGCUUGUCAUUGUCCCACUCUCCCAGCUCUGUCUUUUUUCUUUUGUGUUCUUACGUCCACUACUGCACCACAGAAAAUCUUUUUCUUUGAGGUGUAGUCCUAAGUGCCCAUUUUCUUUUUUCUGAAAAUGGAUCCUCCACUUAGUCCCACUACUUACUCUGAUGGACUUAAGAAGGAAACCUGGAGGCAUUCACUCAUCCUGUCAUUUCAAACUCUAGGAGUUGUGUAUGGUCGCUUGAGCACUGCUCCAUUAUAUGUUUUUGGGACAAUUCAAACGACAGAUUUCAAAUCAAAUGAGACUGCAUAUGAAUACUUCUCUUUUAUUUUCUGGACUCUGACUGUUGUUUCUUUACUUAAGUACGCCUUCAUUGUACUCAGGGCUGAUGAUAAUGGAGAGGGUGGUGUUUUUGCCCUGUACUCAUUAUUGUGCAGGCAUGCUAAAGUGGGCCUGCUUCCAAAUGAUAGAAGCACCAAAGAGGUUAUGCAACAUGAAGAAGUAAGCACUUUGAGGGGAAAAGUUGAAUCAAGAGCAAGAAAAGCCAUUAGAAACCGCAGAAGUAGUCAUUAUUUGAUGCUGUUCACAGCAUUAUUUGGUGCAUGCAUGAUAAUUGGGGAUGCGGUGAUCACCCCAUCUAUUUCAGUGUUAUCGGCUUCAUCAGGUCUUCAACGUUCAUUAUCAAACAUUAAAUAUACCUCCUCGACAGAUGCAGAACAAACCAUAUCAGAUGAUUUGAAAAAAUAUGUACCGGUUCCUUCUGCAUGUGUUAUAACAGUAGGCCUUUUUAUACUGCAGUACUAUGGGACUCAUAAAAUUGGGUUCAUGUUUGCCCCAAUUGUCACUAUAUGGCUCCUGUUUAUUAGUGGAGUGGGUAUAUAUAAUGUAUUCCACUGGGACCCUAAAAUCUUCUCUGCAAUCUCCCCAGAGUACAUGUAUAGAUUUGUAAGAAAAAUCAACAAAGCCAGUUGGAAGUCACUGAAUAGCAUUCUUCUUUGCAUAGCAGGAUCAGAAACAAUGUUUACAGAUCUAGGUCAUUUCUCCAAGAGAUCAAUCAAGAUAACAUUUGUCUGCUUGAUUUAUCCCGUUCUAGUUUUAUGCUAUGCUGGUCAAGCUGCAUUUAUCUCUAAACACUGGAAUGGCACUGAAAAUUUUAAUCAUCUAAGUGAAUCUGUACCUAAACAUCUUCGUCAUGUCUUCAUACUGGUAUCUCUGCUUGCUUCAGCUGUAGGAAGCCAAGCAACAAUAACAGCCAGCUUCUCCAUAAUAAACCAGUGCCUGGCACUUGGUUGUUUCCCUAGAGUUAAAGUUAUACAUACAUCAGAUAAGCGACUUGGGCAGGUUUAUAUUCCAGAUGUCAACUGGUUAUUGAUGGCCCUUAGUCUCUCUGUCACUAUUGGUUUCCAUGACAUAACGAGGAUUGCAAAUGCAGCAGGUAUGGCAAUAGUUUUUGGGAUGAUAGUAACGACUUGUAUGAUGUCACUUGUGAUCGCUCUGUACUGGGAGAAGAGUUUGUUUGUAUCUGGGUGCUUCCUGAUGUUCUUUGGUUUCGUUGAGGCUGUAUAUGUAUCGGCAUGUAUGCUGAGUUUUCACAAAGGAGCUUGGUAUCUAUUUGUUAUUGCUGCAGUUUCUUUCACUAUAAUGCUUGCUUGGCAUUACGGAACUAUGAAGAAAUAUGAGUUUGAUUUUCAAAACAAGGUUUCGACAGAAUGGCUUACGGAUUAUAGCCCAGGCCUAGGAGUUUCCAGAGUACCCGGAAUUGGUUUAAUCUACACUGAUAUGGUGACAGGAAUCCCAGCUUUUUUCUCACAUUUCAUCACAAAUCUUCCAGCAUUUCAUCAAGUGCUAAUCUUUGUGUCCUUCAAGCCCCAACCAGUCCCUUGUGUGCCUCCCCGUGAGCGGUGUCUUGUAGGCAGAGUUGGUACCAAAGAUUACAGAAUUUACAGAUGCAUUGUGAGGUAUGGGUACUGUGAUCAAAUAAGAGACACAGAUGAUUUUGAGGAACAGAUUAUUAGCUCAAUCGGAGAAUUCAUUUCCUUAGAAGAAAGUGAUUGUGAAUCUCUGACUUCUCCUGAAGGAAGAAUGAUGAUUGUUGGGAAGCCAUUGGUGGACAGAAAUGCACUGAUUCCUAUACAUGAUACCACCUCAGUUGCCGGCUCCACAAAUAUAGCUAACAAUGAAACUCUGGCAAGUCCAUCAGGAGAUUUGAUCGAAAGAAAAACGCCGGUCAGAAGAAAAAAGGUUCGAUUUCUAAUGCCAGAAGGUAGUCCUAGAAUGCGGGUAUCUGUCAGGGAGGAGCUACAAGAAUUGAUUGAUGCCAGGGAAAGUGGCACCGCAUAUUUCCUAGGUCAGUCGCAUUUAACAGUGCGUAAUGAUUCAAACUUUUUGAAAAAAUUCCUGAUUAUGGCCUAUGUUUUUCUUGAUAAAAAUUGCCGUGAACCUCCAGUGGCAUUGAACAUCCCCCAUGCUGCUCUCGUAGAGGUUGGCAUGGUGUAUAUUAUAUAAACUGGAUGUAUGGUAUGAAACUUUGUAUACUGUUUCUGUUUGUAGAAAAAAAAAGAAAAACAACAUAGAACUAGUAUUUCUUGUCUCAUCCUAUCAAAUGUACUUGGGAUCAUUAGAUUCCUCACUUUCCAUUACUCUUUGUAUCGAGUUAGUACAGCGAACCUUUUUUUUCUUUGAUA